GUGGCAUAAAAGGCCCGAGGCCAAGCGCAAGCAAGUUGGUCUCCACCUGUAGUGUCCUUUCGAUAAGCCUCGGCCUCGCCCUCAGACUCGACUUCCUUGGAAUCGUCAUUCUGUUGUUUUUUUUCGUCGCCUUUGGCCUCCCUCCCACCACCACAUCCACCUCGUAGCUUGGCCUUCCGCAAGUCCUUCACUCCAUCGCCUGCAAUGCCCGUCGCCCCUCUCACGAGUGUCAUCGUCCCAGCCGUCGCCAACCACUCGGCCACGGUCGUCUUCCUGCACGGCCUCGGCGACAGCGGAUGCGGCUGGGAGCCUAUUAUCCAGGAUCUGGCUCGUCAAUUCCCCCAUGUCAAAUGGGUCCUGCCGAAUGCCCCCAAACGGCCGAUCACAUACAACAUGGGCAUGAUCACGCGCGGAUGGUACGAUAAAUUUCGUGUUCCCAACAAAGAAGAUGGCCCGGGCAUCAAGCAGAGCGCUGCUGCAAUUCGCCAGCUGAUCCAGGACGAAAUCGACAGCGGCAUCCCAGCCUCGCGCAUCGUCCUCGGCGGGUUCUCCCAGGGAUCGGCCAUGAGUCUGUACACGGCCCUCACCACCGACAAGAAGUUUGCGGGUGUGAUUGCCCUCAGCGGAUACCUGCCGCUCUCGAAGCAGAUCCUGGAGUCUCAUAAGGACACCAACAAGGAAACGCCCUUCCUGCUGGGCCAUGGUGACGCCGACGACAUCAUUUCCCUCAACCAGGCCAAGAUAUCGGCUGCGGCCCUCAGAAGCCUGGGCCUCAAGAUUGACUUCAAACUCUAUCUAGGCAUGGGUCACUCGACAUGCGAUGAAGAGAUCCAAGACAUUGCUCAGUUCCUGAAGAGCGAGUGCAAGUUCUGAGCGCUGAGGAGGAGGGGGCAAAGCGGUUGCGAUUUAGUCACCUUCCACUCGGCACAGCAACAAAUCCCUGAUACACACCACGCCCCGAGCAAAUACCCAUUAAAACAUAGCCAGAGACUCCAGAACCGGUCACCCCACGAUACAAAUACAAUGUGCUUGCGAACGCUGCUGUA